UAAUACUAAAAAUAUAUAUUUAAGGAAAAAUCGUUUAUUGAUAUUUGAUGCAUUAUAAAAGAGGUUGGUUUCUUUCUCUUAUCUCUAACCCAAUUCAUACGAGCCAAUGGAAAACAAAAGAUGUUCAGUUGUUACGGGAGGAAACAAAGGGAUUGGAUUUGAAAUAUGUCGUCAACUUGCUUCAAAUGGAAUUGAAGUUAUAUUAACAGCUAGGAACGAGACUCGAGGGAUAGAAGCUGUCAAGAAACUCCAUGAUUCUGGCCUUCCAAAUAUCCUCUUCCAUCAACUUGAUAUCAAUGAUCCACAAAGCAUCGCACGUUUAGCUAAAUUCAUUGAAACCAAUUUCAAAAAACUUGAUAUUUUGAUCAAUAAUGCAGCAUUAAUUGGAAUUAUUAUGCAUGAAAAAGAAUUCAAAGCCGGUGCUGGAUUUGUGCAAGUGGUCGAUGAGAAUGUACAUCUUCUUGCGGAAGUCAUUGAGGAACCAUACGAAUUAGGUGAAGAGUGUUUGCAAACAAAUUACUUUGCAACUAAAAGUGUAACGGAAGCACUUAUUCCACUUCUCCAGCUCUCCAAUUCACCAAGAAUCGUCAAUGUUACCUCCACUUACGGAGAGCUAAGUUAUUUUCACAAUGAGAAGUUGAAAGAAGAACUAAAAGAUAUGGAAAAUGUAACUGAAGAGAGGAUUGAAGAGAUUAUCCAAUGGUUUUUGAGGGACUUUAAGGCCUCUAAGUUGCAGGAGAAUGGGUGGCCGUUAACGGUUUCUGCUUAUAAAGUCUCGAAAGCAAUGCUUAAUGCUUACACACGGCUUUUGGCAAAAAAAUUUCCUAAUUUUAUUAUAAAUUGUGUGCAUCCUGGUUAUGUUGAAACAGAUAUGACAGUUCAUACAGGAUUCAUCAAAGUAGAAGAGGGUGCUAGAGCUCCUGUAAUGGCUGCUUUGUUGCCGGACGAUGGCCCUUCCGGUGUUUACUUCCGGCAAAUGGAAAUAACCCCGUUCUAAUCUAUAAAUUGGGCAAUGUAAUAAUAAUUAUUAUGAUAUGCAUAUAUCUUUGCUUUUGUGGCUUUGUAACAAUAAUAUAUAAUGUGUUUGAAUAUAUGGAAAAUUCAGAUUAUUCAAGAAA